AUGGAGCGACUUCCUCUCAACGAUAACCCUGCUCAAGCGCAGCAGCAGCAGCAGCAGCAGCAAUCCUCACAGCAAAGUGUCCUCGGUCCCUCGGGGCCUAUGCACCCGCCCGGUCCGCCGCAAUUGCCGCCGCAGAUGUUCACGACGGCUGCUCAAUUGCUGGAUCUGACUGAUAAGAAACUUGUCCUUGUCCUCCGCGAUGGGAGGAAACUGAUUGGGGUUUUGCGAAGCUGGGAUCAAUUCGCAAAUCUUGUCUUCCAGGAUACUGUGGAGCGCAUCUAUGCCGGCAAGCUCUACGCCGAUGUCCCACGAGGCAUCUUUGUCGUUCGCGGCGAGAAUGUUCUCCUGUUGGGAGAAGUGGAUCUCGAUCGAGAAGACGAAAUUCCUACCUCGGUCACCCGGGCUCCCUUCGAGGAAGUCUUCGAACUCAAAAAGAAGGAAGAUAGCCAGCGCAAACGGGGCGACAAGAAGCGCUACACCGAGCUGCAAGCAUUGGGAUUCGAACCAGAACACAGCGGCGAGAUCCUGUUUUAG